CAGAACAAAGUCGUGUCUCUCGCCCUCGUCUCAUCUUUAUCCGUCAUCUCGGGAAAAAACAUCUUUGUAGGUAGAACGAGGCUGCAUUUAACCGGCAUUUUUCCUGUCGAUCAUUGUUCAGAUUUGUCAGAUCAGCUCGUUAUUUCCGUCGCAGUUGAUUGCAAGUGUAGUCCGGCAGUAAGUAACUUUACUUUACGGUAUUCGAAAUAUGGCUUCGAUUGCCAAAAAGGUGAAAAAAUCGGAUGACGCGUUAGAGGACGAAUCGGAAGCGUUGGAGGCGAUCGACAGCUGUCAAAACGAAAUCGAUGCGCUUAAUGAACGGGCUAGUGAGGAAAUCCUCAAGGUAGAGCAAACAUUCAAUCUAUUACGAAAGCCGCACUUCCAAAGGCGAAAUGAAAUCAUCAAACGCAUUCCAAGUUUCUGGGUAACGGCCAUUGUUAACCAUCCGCAAAUAUCUGGAAUCCUCGAAGAGGAGGAAGAAGAAUGUCUUCAGUUUAUGGAGAAGCUGGAAGUUGAGGAGUUUGAGGAUAUCAAGAGUGGCUAUCGCAUUCAUUUCUACUUUGAUGAGAAUCCAUACUUCGAGAAUAAAAUGCUGACUAAAGAAUUUAAUCUCGGAUCGAGCGGGGAAACACCCGUCUCAACUAGCACGGCGAUCAAAUGGAAACCUGAUCGUGAUCUGACAAAGAUGUUGCCGAAAAAAGCAUUGGCCAAUCGGAGAAAACGCGGACUCGAAUAUCGAACUUUCUUCGACUGGUUCACGGACAAUAAUGAUCCGAUUAAUGACGAUAUAGCGGAGCUGAUCAAGGAUGAUUUGUGGCCAAAUCCGCUGCAAUACUAUUUGGUACCGGACAUUGAGGUCGAACCGGAAGCUGAAGAUGAUGGCGGGGAGGAAGACUUCGGUGACGAAGGCGAAGAAGAAGAGGACGAACUUGACGAGGAAGAGGAGGAAGCCUAAGUGUCCGGGGUAUCAGGUAAAUGAUAAGCCAGCAAAAUCGAUGUAUCAUGUUCUUCUAUUCCCUUGUAGCAUAUGUGUGUGCGGGUAGAGGGGAAAAGGACCGAUCCCGAAAAAUAACGCUUAACUGCGUUUUUUUUUCGAACAGGUCCCUUAGGCCAGAUGCGGUGCGUUUUUAUUGAAUUAUGCGUUCUAGAUGCUACCAUCUUUAGUUUCCUCUUUGUACUGCACGAAAUCAGUUGAACAAAUAUUAGCCACUCACAUUUUUGGUUGAAAACGUGUUCGAAAAUGUUGUUUGAAUCUGUUUGAACAUUAUUAACGAAGAAUCCCAUAUUUUGCAUUAACAGCAAUAGUUGAUUGUACUUAUAACAUUUUUGAAACCCCAUGUCUCUUAUUGAGAGACCAAAUGAUGGCAGAAUUUUACUAUAUUAAAUUAUCAGUUAUUCAUCAGAUGGAAAUGAUUUGAAAUCCUAACAAAAGGAUGUACUCAGUCGUAGUUGCACUAUCCGAUAAUAAACUUCACUUACUAUAAGUAUUAAAAAA